AUGUAUGGGCGCUUAAUCAUAUUUGUUAGCUUAGGGAUUGGUUGUACUGUCUGGUACAACUUUAUAGCUGGAGUACCAGAAGUAGCACCUCCAGGAAUCUUAGUACCGAGAGAGCUUCCGUAUGAUUCUUUCAAGGAUGUUUCAUUUGAUAUAGCCCCCUUUAUGAAAAUGAGUUAUGUGGAGUAUAAGUAUAUAUCAGAUCAAGUGUUAUCCGCCUUUGAUAAUGUCUAUCCGUUCAAUGAAAUCCAUCUUCCUAGUGGUAACACUGCUGAAGGUAGCAAUGCUAGGGUGGCCCUUGGUUUAGGGAUCAUAGUAGCAGCCUUUCUCGGAAUGGGUUUUUACACUCUAUCUCCGCUAAGGCUCAGGAGAAUAAGUAGGGAUGAUCUACUAGAGUUUUUAUUUGCAACGCUACCUUAUUUUCCUGACUUAACGUUUUAUCCAAGCAGAGAUAGUUCACACUAUAUAGUUGUUUUUCCAUCAAAAAAAGAGGAUGUCUUGGUGUUCAUGGCAUUGAGUAUCCAUUUCUAUCGUUUGACUUAUGGUUAUGUACCCAAGGAGAAUUACAGAUUAUUAGAUAGGUUAGGUCUCUUUUAUUCUGGUAUUCAAAACAUGGGUAAGGUGACUAGACUGUACCAGAUUAACAUGGAUCCAUCAUUACAACUGAUUCCUGAGAGUCUGGUUUUAGAUGGUGUUAACUCCUUUGUUGGGGCAGAUUCGGUUUGUUAUAAGCUGGUUAGUAGCUUUCUAAAUCUUGAGACCUUUGAUGAGGAUGGUAGAAAGAUAUGCUUCGGUUGUAUGCCAAUUGUUGGAGAAAUCACUAGGGUCUUAUUCAAUCUUACCUUAAUGGAGUUCGACCGGCAGUUCAGCCAUAAAUAUCCAGGGAUUGCAUUUGAAAGAUUCAUAGGUAUGGUCUUUAUAGCAUGUACUAAUGAUCUAAGAAUCGAUGAAUAUCAAGUAUUUGAUAUGAUACAAGAUCUCGGGUUGUCUUGUUCAAUCGAGUAUACAGAACUAGGGCUAGAGCCUCUCUAUUGUCGCAAUAGGAUGGUUGCUCUGGACUAUGAGGGUAAGGUUGUCGUGUACAAUCCUACAGAUUAG